AUGUCUCGAGUUCUCUGUGCCUGGGGUUCUGAUCGUGGCACAGGAAGAUUCGUUGGAACAUUUUGCCUCUGUGAACUUCUAACCCGAAAAGUGGUCCAAAACGUUCACCUAUCCGGUGGAAGCUUGUUAGGAGUUUCGCGUGGAGGACCAAUCAUAAGUGAAAUCGUGGACAACAUGAAGGAAAGAGGAAUCAACAUGCUUUUUGUGCUGGGUGGGAACGGAACUCAUGCUGGGGCAAAUGUAAUUCACAAAGAGGAAUGCUGUAGAAGAGGGGUAAAGGUGGAUGUUGUUGGGGUCCCCAAAACUAUAGACAAUGAUAUUUUGCUGAUGGACAAAACUUUUGGGUUUGACACUGCUGUUGAGGAAGCACAACGAGCCAUUAAUUUAGCUUACAUCAAGUUACAAAUUUUCAUUACAUUUUGUGAUUUGUUCGAUUUCAUUUUGAUUGCUUAA